AUGCUCUUCAACAACGCCAUUGUCGCCUUCACUCUCAGCGUCGCUGUCAACGCCCUUCCCCAGACAUACCCCAAUAAGUGUGGCGACCAAGUCUGCCCUGCCGAUAAAGCCAAAUGCUGCGAGGUCAUUGUCAACGGAGUUGCUGAAAUUGGAUGCUUCGAGGAAUGCCCAUCUAUUCAAGCUCUCCAGCGUCGACAGACAUACCCAAACAAAUGUGGCGACCAAGUUUGCCCUUCGGACAAGCCCAAAUGCUGCGAGGUCAUUGUCAACGGAGUUGCUGAAAUUGGAUGCUUCGAGGAAUGUCCUGCUCCACCCUCAGCCCAAGAAAAACUUCGACGCCGCGAGCAACCCACGGCCACUAUUGCAGCUUCUCCGUCCAUUGCCACCUUUGGUCCCAAGUGCGGAGACUCUUUCUUCUGCCCUGUCGGCCAGGUCUGCUGCCCUAAUGCGCUCUACCACUGUGCCGGCCCUGACAAGAUAUUGCAACACAAAGAGGGUUUAGGUUAUAUUUCAGUGUUUUUCUUUUCUAUUUAG